UGUCAAAAGUAAGAGGGCAGCGGUAUGCUCUUAGAACUGUUAGCUCCUUUGUAAACAACUACAUGUUUUUGUUGAUAUGCGGAUGUAGUUUGUGACAAUGCACUUACCAACAUCAAACGUACUUCCACGAAUAUUAUAGUGGCUCCUGGAGAAAUUGUGCCGGCAGUAAUUCGCAUAGUACCCGAUGAUAAUUAUUGAAUAAUUAUUUAAAUGUACUAAAGAAAAUUGAGACUAUAUCGUAUGAGAGAAAAUUAAGACGCAAGUAAUAGUUUUGUGCAGACUUUUUUUUGAAGAUGUUUGGCACCAUUUCAGCACUACGGCAUUGCAACAAACCGUAACCUAAAUUGUACUAUUAAGACCGCUCACUUCUGUGCUACACGACAAGAGACGAAAACUCUCUUGUUAACUCUAAGCAUUAUAAUGAAAUUAAACACACAAAUAUCUCUGGUACAAAUUCAUCGGAGGCGGCGUCAGCAGGCGGCGAAUAUCUGCAGUAGAAUUUUACAGCCGCGACUUUGAACUGUGUGAAGAGAGACCUCGGUAAAGAAAUUCUGAAACCAUUUUUCAGAAUGUUCUUCACUCUCGUUUGGCUGAGAGAUUGCCUUGAACAUUUUGAACAACCACCAACAAAUGUAAAAACAGCAGAAUCUGGCUAUAAUGAUGUUAGAGGAAAGACAACGAAUCAGAGAGAUGAGGGCAAAUGUGCAGAACUGUGGCACAAGUGCUGUUGAUGGUGAUAGAUGAAAUGGUCAGUACAGCUAAUCACCAUGCAGACAACAAUAGUCGAAUGCCACAGAUCUGUAACUCCGGAUGAAGAUGCAACAACAGAUCAGUUUCAUCAGCUCUGCAGAUUUUGUGCAAAGAAUAACAGCUGUAUGAUGCCCAUAUUCAGAGGACAAGGACUUACUGAUGACUUACCAUCAAAAAUAAAAGCAUAUGUGCCAGUUGAGGUUUCUGAGGAUGACACCUUACCUUUACAAAUCUGCAGUCCUUGUGUUCAGUGCCUUACAAUGUGGCAUGAAUUUAUCACUGGCUGUCUAAAAGCAGAUGAAAACUUAAGAGUUACUUAUCAAGAAAUACUGAAAGCUAAAGCUGGUAGAGAUGGUUCUAAGUCUGUUUCAGAAGAGAGAGAUAAUCAACAAAUUACAGAGGCCAGGACUCCUGUCCAACAACAAGACAAAAUGUCUCUCAGUACAGUGGAAAUGGCAAAUGAAAAUGAGGCUGACGCUACUCCAGAGACUGGAUCAGAUGAGAGGUCAAGAGAACUGAAGAUACCAACUGUUGAUGAAUCUGCAGUAAUCAAAGGAGAGGGAAAGGAUAAUGCAGCUGCUCAGUUAACUGUAGGAGAAAGUUCAGUGGUAUCAGAUACUAAUGGAAUACUUAUUUAUUCAAUCUAUGUUGCAACAGAAGGUGGAGAAGAUGAAUACUAUCUAUGUGAUGUUACUGGGGAGAAAGGAGAUAUACACAUCACAGAAAAUGCAACAUUGGCUAGAAAAUGUGAUGGAAUAAAUGCACUAGAUAAAGUACUAAUAGAAAAUGGUACAGUGGCUACAGAGAAUGACACUGCUAUGAGUGAUCACAACUACAUAAAAUCAGAUUAUGUGGUUCAACAGAGUACCAGUGAAGAAAAUAGAGAAAGAGAAGUAGUGAGUCAACCCCUCUUUAUUUUCAAAUGUGUUAAAAGUCAACUUGGUAAAAGUGGUAGAAAGUGUCAUUCAAAGUUAGUUCAAGUAAGGAAAAUUAUUUCAUGUCCACACUGUGGAAAACAAUUCAGAAAUGAGGCUGUGUUUCUGACUCACAUGAGAAUUCACACUGGUGUUACUCCAUUUUACUGUAGAUAUUGUGGGAAAAGCUUUCGGUUGUCACUGUCACUUAGAAAACACAUGGACUCUUGUAAAAAUGUGGGGAAAGGGCCAUUUUCUCAUCCGCUUACUUUAACAAACAACCGUUUUGUGUGUACACUUUGCAGAAAAAGUUACAAGUUGAAGUCAAGUCUUAAACAGCAUAUGAGAAGUCAUUUUGGUACAUUGAAAGCAAAACUAAAAUGUGAAAUUUGUGAAAUGAAAUUUUGUCGCAAGGCAGAACUUCUAGAACACAAGCGGCAACACCCAGAAUCCCCUCCCAAUAUUUGUGAAAUUUGUGGUAAGCUCUUUUUGCAUGAGAAAGAUCUAAGUGAACACCAUAUCAGCCAUAGUGAAGAUCGACCAUUUGAAUGCUCUCUUUGUGGCACCUGUUAUAAACGAAAAUCACAUUUGUCUCGUCAUUUGAGUAAAGGCUGUUCCCGAAAGCCUAACAAAAGGAGAACUCACGUGAAGAAACUAGGUAAAGAAUUUAUAUGUGGUGUUUGUUUCAAAGUGUGCAAAAGCCAAAAGCUCUUGCUGCUGCAUAAUAUAAGUCACACAGGUGAAAAGAGAUGGCAAUGCUCCCAGUGUGAGAAAAGAUUUGCCCAGUCAGGGGCCCUACACCGACAUAUUCGUACUAUUCAUGGUGGUGUAAGGGAUUUUAUUUGUAAAGUGUGCCAUCGAAGCUUCACUGCGAAAGCCACCCUCCUGAAUCAUUCUCGAAUUCAUACAGGUGAGAAGCCAUUCCUUUGUCAGUACUGCCCAAAGACAUUUCGGACACAACAACAACAUAGGCUUCAUCAAGUUGUCCAUACAGAUGCCCGGCCACAUUCGUGUACAUAUUGUUCAAAAACUUUCCGGCGCAGGCCUCAUCUUGUGGUACAUAUACGUACUCAUACUGGAGAGAAACCUUAUCCAUGUCCAGAGUGUGGGAAAGCAUUUGCUCAGAAGAACGACAUGACGAAACAUUUCAAUACUCACAAGAAGUUUCAGUGGUGCAACACUUACCGUCCAGACAGUCAUUCUUUUGAAGUGAGAGGAACAAAUGUGAUUAGUGAUACGUUCAAGAAGAGGUCAAAUAUUGAAAAUGAAAACAAAAUUGCACUCGAAGGUAAUGUGUGCCUCAGAAGACCUGUUGAAAAAGACAAUGUUAAAUCAUAUAUUAUGCAGAAGUCCUGUCACGGCAGAAUAGAAAAUAACACUGAUAUUAUAAGUGAAACAAAUAAUGGUUAUGAAUGCCAGACGAGAAAUGAUGCAGUUCAAAAUACAGGAAGCACUGUAGCUGCCACUGAUUUUAACAAAAUAAAUACCUCAAACUCUGAAUGUCCUGAAAUGGGGAUGGACAUUCACCAAACAAUAACAGAAGAUUCUAGAGACAAGGAAAUGCUUCAUUUGUGCAACUCUGAGCAUAAUAAGAUAGUAGAAUCCAAGAAACAAAGGAAAUGUGACAAAGGAGAAACCCCAGACAUGGCAGCACCUCUGAACUUACAGUCUGAUGCUGAAGAAGACAUUUUAAAUCAAAAUGGUGCAGCAACAAAACAAAAUCUAAUUAUAGGUUUAAUAGAAAGACAUGAUGUGAAGAAGAAAGAUAAAAAGUCCUUUCGUUGCAGUGAUUGUGAAAAAGUGUUUUUCCAAAAAGAUAGUUUCCUACGGCAUUUGCGAAUUCAUACUGAUGAGCGCCCUUUUACAUGUCACAUUUGUGGGAAAGGUUUCCGUGAUUCAGGAGGCUUGACUCGUCAUCUUAGAGAUGUCCAUGCACGUGUCAAGAACUUCAAGUGUGAUAUUUGUGGUACUUUGUUUGCUGCUAAAGCAACUUGUGAUGACCACAGACGAACUCACACUGGGGAACGUCCAUUUAUUUGUGCUAUAUGUGGUAAACGCUUUAGUUCUAAAGCAUCUCAUUAUAUGCAUGCCAAAACACAUACUGAUAUCUUUCCAUAUAAUUGUAAUUUCUGUGAAAGACGUUUUAGAAGACGUCAGGAGUUACUCGUGCACAAAAUGACACAUACAGGUGAGCGUCCCUGUGUAUGUGAUAUUUGUGGUAGAGAAUUCCGUGUGUCUGGAGAGCUGCAGAGGCACAAAUUCGUGCAUUCGAAGGAUAAGCCUUAUUGCUGUUCAGUCUGUGGUAUGUCUUUCAGACAGAAGCGUUAUCUUGUCAAUCAUUUCAAAAAGCAACACAAGGAUCAGUCGUAAUGUACUAGAUUUUUAUUGUGUGUGUAUAACAGAUGAAAAUUGUUUUUACAUGUUAUUAAAAUGCAGACUAUACUUAUUAAAGGAGAUUUAUGUUAAAAAAAAUGGUAUUAACUAAGGAACAUAAUAUGUUUCAUAAACAAAGAUAUUU